AUGUCCGCAUACCCACUGCAUGUCAAGGAUGUUGCCGUUGCAGUAGUUUCUGCACUGGUGAGCAUGUUUGGAGUGGCUGUCAAUAUCUUCGCAGCAAUCACUUUGCUGUUCAAUCCAGUGCGACGGAAUGCUUUUAGUAUAUUUUGUUUUUCCCACAUAACAACUAGCUUAGGAGCACUACUAGUUUGCCUGUUGGAAGAGGAACCCUCAACCUUGAUCAAUAAGAUAUUGGGACAAAUAGUCACGUUGCUCUUUUAUGUAACUUCUUACUCCCAUCUGGCACUCUCCAUAAAUCGCUUGAUAGCGGUGGCUUUGCCACUGAAAGGAGCUAGUAUACUUACAAGGAAAAAGUCGCUUUGUACCGUAAUAAUGGUUUGGAUUCUUGGAUUAAGUCAGACUAUUCCUCAUUUUUGGAGAGCCUCCUGUUAUGUUUAUUAUGAAAGCGGCCAGUGGAGAUGGAAACUUGCUGAAACAACAUGUGGCAAAAUAACUUCCUAUUUCAACAAGACAGACAUUCUUCUCAUAUUGGCUACACUUAUUCUAGACUGUAUUACGGUACUGAGACUUAGAAAGCAGAAUAAGAUUACCAAUCCGCAAAAUGCAACUGUACCCAACAAUAUGCAACAGAAGAAACGUCGUUUAGAGAUCAGAUUAUUCAAACAGACUCUAUGCCAAAAUGGACUGUUUCUAAUCGUCGUUGUGAGCUUCCAGUUGCUUCCAAUGAUUGAUAAUCGGUGGCUGGGAUUCUUAACUGCAACACUGUGGCAACUUUAUCAUGUUUUUGAUGGGCUUAUUAUAAUGAUAUUUCACUUCCAAUCUUCAUUACUGAAGACUUUCCUGAAGAAGCUAUUUCAACGGAACGACCAGCAAUAA